AUGAAGGAUCCUACAACUCCCAUCGCCAUUGUGGGCAUGUCCUGUCGCCUUCCGGGCCAGGUCCGUACGCUUGAUGACUUCUGGACUCUCGUAUCUCGAGGUCGUGAUACCUGGGGCCCAAUACCCUCCGACCGGAUCUCCAGUGCGGCCUACUACCAUCCAGAUCCCCAGCGAAAGGGCUGCUUUAAUCCCAAGGGAGGGUACUUCAUGCAGGAGGACCUUUCCCAGUUUGACGCUCCUUUCUUUCACACUACGCAGCAGGAAGCUAUGGCCAUGGAUCCCCAACAGCGACAUCUCCUCGAAUGUGUCUACGAGGCAGUGGAGAACGCCGGCAUCCCACUGCAAUCCAUAGCAGGCUCACGUAUGGGAGUCUUCGUGGGCCUUGGUCUGUCAGACUACCGCCGCGGAGUGCUUCGCGACCUGAACACAGUCCCCAUUUUCGAUGCCACGGGUGGUCAGGAAUCUAUCCAAGCUGGUCGUAUUUCACAUUUCUUCAACCUCCGUGGCCCGUCUAUGGCUAUUGACACGGCCUGUUCUUCCAGUUUGUAUGCCCUACAUCUGGCCGUGCAGAGCAUUCGUUCUGGGGAGGCAGAUUCUGCUCUUGUUGCUGCAAGUAAAAUGCGCAUACAACCGGAUGAUAUCGUCUCUAUGUCGAUGAUGGGGCUAUUUAACGAGCACGGAAAGACAUUUUCAUUCGAUCACCGUGCCCUCUCUGGAUUUGCCUGCGGCGAGGGAACCUGCUGUCUACUUAUUAAGCCACUGGAUCAGGCAUUGAAGAACAAUGACCAGAUAUAUUCGGUCAUAAUGAAUACUGGAGCGAACCACGAUGGUCAAACUGUCGGCCUGACGAAUCCCAAUGGAGAAGCCCAAGAAGAGCUCAUGCGAGAGGUCUAUGCCCGCGCCAACAUCUCCCCUGGUGAGACAGGGUUUGUGGAGGCACACGGCACGGGAACCAAGGUUGGUGAUCCCAUUGAAGUCGGUGCCAUCCAGCGGGUGUUCGGCGAGGGUCGGACCAAACGAGCGCCGCUAUACAUCGGCUCCGUCAAAUCCAACUUUGGACAUCUCGAGAACGCCAGUGGGCUUGUCUCCGUAAUCAAGGCGUCCCUGAUGUUGCAUCGCGGAUUUAUUCUCCCCAAUGCUAACUUUGAGCGCGCCAACCCCGCCAUCCCUCUCGACAAAUGGAACAUGAAGGUGCCGACCAAUCUGCGUCCCUGGCCCCAGGGCAAGAAAUACGUCAGUAUCAACAACUUCGGCUUUGGUGGCUCCAACUGCCAUGUCGUACUGGAACGACCUUCCCGUGCCCGGGGUCAGGCCCCCAGCGCUCCUCAUGAUACGCCACGGCUCUUUGUGCUUAGCGGCUAUGAUGAGGAGGCUGCCAAACGCGUCGCCCAGAACCUCCUCAUCUACUUGGAACAACACCCUGGAGUCUUCGAACGCGGCCUGGUGCACGAUGUCGCAUACACGCUUGGUGAGCGACGCUCUCAUUUUCCUUGGCGAAUUGCAUUUACCACUUCGUCCACCACGAACGAACUUGUCAAGGCCUUGAAUGGGCCGGCGAGCAUUCCUCAGCGCGCCAAGCUGGGAGCCGGCGCUUCUCCCACUAUAGCCUUUGUGUACACUGGACAGGGUGCACAAUGGCCACGCAUGGGGCUUGAACUCAUCGAUACCCAUCCGGUAUUUGCUGCCACCAUGCAGAAAGCAGCGCGCACGUUGGAGGAUCUGGGGGCUGACUUCUGCCUGUUUGAAGAGCUGAAGCGUGAGGCAUCCGAAUCUCGUGUCAGUCAGCCGCAGAUCUCCCAAGUAGUCUGCACUGCCGUGCAGCUUGCCCUGACGGAUCUCCUGGCUUCCUGGGGCAUCGAACCGAAGAUGGUUGUCGGACACUCCAGCGGAGAGGUUGGAGCAGCUUAUGCGGCAGGUGCGGUUUGCGUGAGCAACGCCAUUGCCCUGGCGUACUAUCGGGGCCGACUUGCUGCUCAAAUUCAAGUCCGGUUUCCAGAGCUAAAUGGUUGCAUGAUGGCUGUCGGAGAGAGUGAUGAUGAGGUGCGCAAAACUAUCAAACGACUCCAGCUGGGGGAGGACAUCGCCGUCGCUUGUGAGAAUUCACCCCGGUCAACCACGACAUCUGGAGAUGCCAUUGCCAUGGAACUUCUUGCAAAAGAGUUGGAGGCGCGACAAGUCUUUCACCGCAAGCUUCAAGUCAACGUUGCCUACCACUCUCCCCACAUGGAGCUGAUCGCCGAUGAUUAUGCCAGCGCCAUCCAGCAGGUUGCGCCGUCAACGAAGAAGGAUAAUGUCCAGUUUUACUCCUCGCUGUUAGGUCAGAAGGUAGAGCAGCCCGGAGUCCUGGGGGCAUCAUACUGGGUGGAUAAUCUGACGCAUCCGGUCCGAUUCUCAACCGCGCUGGGGCAGCUGUGCACCGAAACCAAACCCGACAUCAUCAUUGAAAUUGGUCCGCAUUCCGCAUUGCAGGGCCCGAUCAAGCAGAUUCUGCAGGGUCUUCAGAACACGCACACCCAGUACUUUGCUUCCCUCGUCCGCAAUGAACAUGCCACUAAGGCCACCCUCCAGCUUGCGAGCCGGUUGUUUCUGGCUGGUCAAGACCUGUACUUUGGCGAAGUCAAUCAGACUUUCGCGGAUGAGUCGACACCAGCACUGAUAACAGCCUUCACCCCGUAUCCCUGGUCUCAUCGGUCUUACUGGCGGGAGUCUCGCAUCACCUACAACCACCGACUGCCGCGCUUCCCUCGGCACGAUUUGCUGGGACAGUUGGAAGCUUCCGCCUGUGAGGAUGAACAACCUGUCUGGCGAAAUGUUUUCACACUGGAUAACAUGCCAUGGCUCCGCGGUCAUCGUAUGCAAUCCAUGACUACCUUCCCGAUGGCCGGCUACGUCAGCAUGGCAGUCGAGGCGGCAAGUCAACGGGCCCAGCUGAGAGGCAUCCCGCUGUCCCAGAUCGCAGGGUACAGGCUCCGCGAGUUCCAUGCUUCCUCGGCGUUCACCCUGGAGGAGAACGUCGAGUACGAGACCUGGCUCUCUCUAAGCGCGUUCACGGAAGGCACCCGCUCCUACUCCAGCGAAUGGGACGAGUUUCGAAUUGCCUCAUGGGCGGCUGGUCGUGGUUGGCGAGAGCAUUGUCGUGGUCUCGUCGGCAUCAGACGCCAGGAGUCGUCUACCUCCAACCCUGUCAGCGAGCGCCGACCAUUCCAUGCCAGCUUAAAACGAAGGGAGGAGGCUAGCCAGGGUGAAUACCUCCCUGUGUCUCCAGAGGCCUUCUACGCCGAUCUAGGGAGUCGCGGAGCGGGAUACAGCGAUGCGUUCACAUUCGGUUCAGACAGCGGGUUGACCGUCGGGGGCGCAGGCACCGGGUCGAGCAGGUAUGCAUGCGGCAGGGUUACAGUCCCUGCAACAGCACAAACUAUGCCGUCAGGCCAUGAGUCACCGUUGACUGUGUCUCCUGCCUUCCUGGAUCUGUGCGUCCAGUUGUCCUUCCUGGUUCUAGGGGCGGGUCAUGACAGUAUUCCGUGCCUCUUCAUGCCAACUUAUAUCCGAGAAAUAAACAUUGCAGCCAAUUUCCCAUCUCAGCCGGGCGCGACAGUUGAGACCCUCGUCAAUGGUCUGUCGGCAGACAUUUCCUGUCCCCGGGCAGUAGACUUUACCAUUGAUGCGUGGUCUCCUGCAUCCGCAGAGCAGCCCGUGCUCACUCUUCUCGGCUUCCGGAUGGUCCCCGUCAACAGUGACAUGUUGGUCGAAUCUCGCCCGCAUCCAUGGUGUUACACGACGCAGUGGGAGCCCGUAUCGUUUCCUUUCGAAGCAAAUGGCACAGCUCCAAUUACCCUACAGAGUAAUGGGAAUGGUCAGGCUCAUGGACAUGGGCAUGGCGAAAUGAAUGGGACUGGCGUUACCCAUGCCAACGGCUGUCACAGCACAUCUAAUGGGCACAAGCAAGUGUCGUCAUCUGAUGACGAGACAACCAUCAUUAUCGUUAGCGAGAGAAACAGCUCUGAUCCACUCAUCGCUUCGCUCCUGAAAGCUAUCGAAACCAGUACAGUGUACACUGCCACUGUAGUCGCCCUAUCCCGCGCCCCCAUCUCAGCCAAGUAUCGAUACAUCUGUUUGGCUGAACUAGACGCUCCGCUGUUGCAGUCAUUGACCUCAGAAUCCUUCAAGCUGGUCCAAGAACUCCUCAUCACAUGCUCCUACUGUCUCUGGGUCACCUCCGGUGCAUAUUUGGCUGUCGAUCAACCCGAGCUCAACCUCAGUCAGGGACUUCUGCGUUCUGUGCGUUCAGAAACUGGAAAUGCAGCUUUCAGCCUCGACCUGGAUCCCAGCUCUAAGCAAGACAUAGCAGGUCGGGUCCAUCUGAUUAUGAAUGCCUUCAAGGCGUCGAUCGGCACUGGUCAGAAAGCCGCCAGUGACGAGGACCAAACACCUUUGACUGACUACGAGUUCACUGAAGUCGGUGGGCGUCUGAUGGUGCCUCGUCUAGCAGAGCAAGCUGAGCUGAAUAACACUCUCUUCCAAGAGACCCAUCCGUCCCUUCCGUACACGCAGAGCUUUGACCAAGGAACAGAUCGUCGGCUGAAGAUCGCUAUCGGUACAUUGGGCGCCCUAGACUCCCUCUACUGGACGGAUGAUCCGGCUCAGGCGCUUGGCGACGACGAGAUCGAGAUCCAAGUGGCUUGCACUGGAGCCAACUUCAAGGAUGUGGUAAUUGCCAUGGGCCAAGUCGCAAGCCCUUACUUGGGUAUCGAGUGUAGUGGCACAGUUGCUCGUGUUGGAGCCCAUGUCAGUUCCCUCAAGCCCGGAGACCGCGUAUGUGCCAUGUCCCACGGCGCGUAUAGCACCUACGCGCGGUGUCCAGCAAGCAGCGCAGCUCUGAUUCCAGACUCUAUGGAUUUCGAAAUGGCAGCUUCUGUUCCUGUCACUUACAGCACGGCUUACUAUGGACUUAUUGAGCUGGCUAAGAUGCAAGCCGGUGAAAGCAUCCUCAUCCAUGCAGCUGCGGGAGGUGUCGGCCAGGCCGCAAUCCAGCUGGCUCAGUUGACGGGAGCCGAGAUCUAUGCCACGGUAGGCAGUGAGAAGAAGAAACAAAUGCUAAUCGAUCGAUACUGUAUCCCGGCAAGUCGCAUCUUCUACAGCCGCAACACCGAGUUUGGACCUUGCAUCCGUGAAGCGACAAAUGGCCACGGCGUGGACGUGGUUUUGAACUCGCUUGCCGGUGAGUUCCUUCGGGAGACAUGGGACUGCCUGGCGCCCUUUGGUCGGUUCAUUGAAAUUGGGAAGCGGGAUAUUACGUCCAAUACUCGGCUGGAAAUGGGCAAGUUUGAGUAUAAUUGCACGUUCUCCUCCUUGGACUUGGCGCAUGUCGCGGAGCGCAGAGGCAAGAUCCUUAACCGGGUUCUCACUACUAUCAUGCAAAUGUUCGCGCAGGGGAUACUGACUCCCGUCCAUCCGGUGACGACUGUCGGAAUUGCGGAUGUGGAAUCGGUGCUGCGCAAGUUGCAGAGUGGAAAGACGACAGGUAAGGUUGUUGUGGAUCAUCGGAUAAAUGGGAAGGUCAAGGCCACGCACCCCCUUCCGUCCAGUGACCUUCUUUCGCCCGAUGCCACGUACGUUAUUGUCGGUGGCACCGGAGGUAUUGGCCAGUCUAUCACUCGGAGAAUGGUUCAGCGUGGAGCUAGGCAUGUUGUCCUGCUCUCCCGCAGUGGCACCACCACGGAAGCUAUGCAAAAGGUUAUCAGCGAAUGUCACGCUGUGGGUGUAUCGAUCUACAUCAGAAAAUGCGAUGCGUCUGAAGUCUCGCAUGUUGAGGAGAUGGCUACAGAACUACAGAAGGAACUGCCUCCGGUCAAGGGUGUUAUUCACGCAGCCAUGGUCCUCAAGGAUAUUCUCUUCGAACAAAUGACCUUCUCAGACUGGGAUGCCGUUCUGCGACCCAAGGUCUCAGCAGCCUGGAAUCUCCACAACGCUUUUCUCCACCAGCCACUGGACUUCUUCGUCAUGCUCUCCUCUGUUGCCGGCAUUGUCGGUAACCGCGGCCAAGCUGCCUAUGCUGCGGGUAACUGCUUUCUGGAUGCGUUGGCGCGCUACCGCCGCCAAAAGGGGUUAUCCGCAGUAUCCAUUGAUCUUGCAGCGGUAGGCGAUGUCGGCGUGCUCUCCGAUGAUGCGGAGAAAAAGGCACAGGUGAUGAAGAACCUAGCAUCAGGGAACACGAUGCAAGAAGUGGAGGUGCUCGCCCUAGUGGAGAUGGCGAUGCAGGGACGCCUGGCCAACUUCAAUGCGGACCAGUGCAUCACUGGUGUGCAUUGGGCUCCCCCGAGCCCAACUCCAUACUACGCCUCCGAUGCCCGCUUCACCCAAAUCGUCGAAGCCGCUAGACAAAGCGAAGCCACCGAUACUGCCAAUUCCUCAUCCACAAAAUCCCUCUCUAUCACCCAGCAACUUCGCCGCGCGGCCAAUCUCCAGGCAGCCCUGGACAUUGCGGCUGUCAGCCUGCGCGACAAACUUGGCGAGAUUCUCAUGCUCCCCGGAGAAGUUGUGGAGGCGUAUACGCAGUCGACUCCAUUUGCGACGUUUGGGUUGGAUUCGUUGAAUGCGAUUGAGUUGAGAAAUUGGAUUGGAAAGGAGCUGAAGGGGCAUUUGCAGGUUCUGGAGUUGUUGUCGGCGGCGACUUUGGGGGACUUGGCUCUGUUGGCGUUGAAGAAGUCGACGCUGGAAGGGGCGUGGAAGGUGGAAGUCUUCAACUGA